AUGCCUGAAAAGAACAAGAGGUCCGAACCACUAACGGCGAGGAAUUCCACAUCGAAGAGCGGAGGUGAGCUGAACUCCAUCUCGACUUCAGGUGGUCCGACACCAUGUUGUGCUGAGAAAGAUUCUGAACAGCCCGAGAAGAUCCGUGCGGUUCCCAUCCACCGGCGUCCGGACCUUCUGGUACCCUGCGCUGACCUGGUCAACUCGGAGUGGCAGAGGAGCCAGGCCGCCCGGGUCCAUUCCCUCCAGAAGUCCUGUCCGGAGUUCCCUGUCUGUCUGGUCCUCCUGCGGGGCCACAGGGACACGGAGCGGCUGCUCGGCCACGCCCGGCUGUCCCGGGUCGUAGGUCACGGCAGCAGCCUGUUCGUCGAGUCGGUGGUCGUGUCCAAGGCGGAACGAGGGAAGGGCUACGGCCGGACUCUGAUGGAGGAGAUUGAGAGCUACGCCAGAGGCCGAGGGUUCAAGCGUAUGUGUCUGACCACCCACGACAAGCAGCACUUCUACGCCCAUCUGGGCUACGUGCUGUCGACGCCUGUACAGAAUGCGGGUGCCAUGACGGCGUUCGUUCCCAUGGAGAUGCUUCUGAAGCUCUCCAGAAUGCCAAGUGAAGAGACACGGACAAAGAUGGACGCACCGCCGGGGAACAGAGACUCAGGACGUGCUCGUGAUACUCUGACUGAAACUCCCUACAGAGACGCCAAAGGAGUUCCCAUCUACUGGAUGCACAAAGACAUUUGA